AUGGGAAGAUUUCUUUCGAACCUUCGUUUCGCGAACGACAUCGUUCUCUUUUCGAGCAGUACCAAUGAAGCAGAAACUAUGCUCAACGAAUUGAACGAAGCAGGGAAGAGAAUUGGACUACGAAUAAACAAAAAGAAGACACAGUUCAUGAAGAACGUCAGGGAAGCUACGGACCAACUGACAGACCAAGAUCUUCGUGCCCAUCUGUUCGACUCGACAGUUCUUCCAGCGCUCUGUUACGCAGCGGAGACGUGGGCAGACACCACGGCCACGUCUAGAAAGCUAAUUACUACCCACAGAGCCCUUGAGAGAUGUCUCCUGAAGUUUAACCGGCGCACACAACACCUAGCCGGUCUUCGUAGCUCCGACUUAAAAGGAAUGUCCCGUCUUCGCGACCCAGCGGAAUAUGUGUCAAAAGCAAAACAUAGAUGGGCCGGUCACAUCAUGAGAAGAAUCGACGAUAGAUGGACUAAAAGAACGCUAGAGUGGAUCCCAAGGGACGCUAAACGCCCCCGAGGGAGAUCGCCAACGAGAUGGGGUGACGUGUUCGCUACACGGAUGGACGUGCUGAAAGCUCAGCUGGAUACGGCUCAAGGACCUCGUCAACGUCACUCACGAAGCUUGAGAACAUCUUGGAUGACAAUGGCGAGGGAACGAAACGAGUGGAAGAGAUGCUGGGCCCGCACGUCCAGUUAA